UUUCUUUUCCUUCGCCCUCGUUCUCUCUCACUUCUACUUUCUUUCCCGCCCCCAUUCCUAUCUUGUUUACUCCACCCUCCUCCUCUUAAAGCAAAAAUGACCAAGCCAGCGCGCGUGGAAGUUUCCAGCGAAAAUUGCCCCUCUCAGGCCUUUCGAACCUCACCUUCAUCCAACACAUCCUCAACCUUAUCCGGAACAUGGAUUGGUACUCAUUAUGAUCGCACGACCACUCGAUAUGUUAUUUUCUGGGAGGACAUUCAACGGGUUUUCAAGAACGUCCGACACAUCAUGCAAGGCAAGAGUAUUGUCCCUUUCAUGACUGACUCUAACUUUCAAGAGUUGACCCCACCGAGAAUCCUCUAUCGUCGUCGCGUUGUGCUUGAUGUCGUUCUCAAAGACACUGACAAUGGGUCUAUGUCCAAGAGACAGGAUCCCGUCCUCCAUAGUACUAACGCUCAGCAGGAUCUCCCUAAGGCCAACGGCAACGGCAAGGCCAAUAGUAUGGAUAAGGGUCAUCUUGCCCCAGACGUAAAGGAUGACCUGCAAUCGACUCUUCGCUCCUACAACCAACUCUUUCGAUCCUUUUGCGAUACCAUGAUGUCCGACAACCUGACCCAGGCCAAGACGACCAUGGAGACGAUGCGAAGAGAUUUGACAACGAUACAGACAACGUUGACCAAGACCCAGCCUCCUCAAGAGCUGGUACUCAAGGCACAGAGACAUAUCCUAGAGAACCAGCAAAAUCUCCUCGAGCACUUGAGUGCGGUCCAAGGUCUUUUGCGAACCGUUGUCGACCGAACGUAUGAGCUGAUGGAGGAUCUAUCGCACAACUCAAAUAUAACCCAAUCGGCAGCCCUAGCAAUGAAUUCGCUAGAGAUCAGGAGCCAUGUCAUUCAGUUCCUGGAUCUUAAGGAUUUGGUAAGGUGCAUGCGACUCAACAAGGCAUGGCACAAGCUGAUUGUGCCCCGAGUCUGGAAAUCGGUCAGGCUAAGCUCCAAUCCACACUGUUGUCCAUCCCGCGAGGCCAUUCGAUGCCACAACCAUCUGAUCAAGUCCCUCGAGAUACCCUACCCCGACGAGAUUGCGGUCGAGUAUUAUGCGCUGAGUUUCCCCAAGCUCCAAAAGUUGAACUUGACGCUUCCACGCCAGGGUGUUGGAUCAAUGAUCGACGCAAUCUAUUGCUGGACGCAUUUGAGGGAACUGAACAUGAGAUGCGCCAACACAGAAGCUUCGCUUGGGUUCGAUAUUUCUCGAUUGUGGAGAACGGUCGCAAGCCUACCGAAUCUGAGGACUCUCCGUCUCCGGGACAUAGAAGUUUGCAACAUUGCCGUCACAUUCUCCUCAUUACGAGCACUAAAACUGCAGUACACAUUCAGUUGCCCAGAUACACCAUCUCAGCAGCAAGCAUUCUUGUCGCACUGUCCCUCGUUGAUGUUCUUGGAGUGGUCUGCAGCUCAUACCGUUCAUUGGGACCAAACAAUCGCAGCCAAGGACUUUGUGAGAAGAGUCACCGCUAGGACCUGGCCGAUUUUAGAGGGACUCAGCCUGGGCUGGAACGUGUUAGGUCUCUCUGACGCCGAUAUUGCCUCCAUCUUGACAGUCAUGGCUCGGGUGUCGGUCCUCAAAGUACCCCAUUCAGAUUUCGGCCCACUGUCAUUCCAGGGUCUCCGGGCUCAUUUUUCCACCCUCAAGGAGCUCGAUCUUUCUGGUUGCUUCGAUGUGACACAAGCCAUGCUGUUAGAAAUCCUGGACUUAUGUCCCCGGCUAUUCAAAUCAUGCAGAGAGCGCCUUGUCCUGGGGGCCGCUGACAUCUCUGCGUCUAGGUGUUCCAGCACACAGUAGGCAGUAGUGCGUAAAUGUUCAUACAGA